CCCGUUUUCUUCUUCGUCGCUCUCUAUACCUGCCCACAUAACCCGCCAGCAUGUCAAUCCCCCCACAACUGAUGCAUACCCUUGAGGGUAUCAAGUACCAAGUCAAGGACGCUUUCUGGGCUCUCUCGUCAUGUAUAUGCCAGCAGUCAGCAAAGGUGAAGAUCAAUGGGAGAACAUUCAAAAUUAUCCGCGUCCUCGGAGAGGGAGGUUUCUCCUUCGUAUAUCUCGCUCAGGACGAGCACAGUGGGAGGCAAUUCGCCCUCAAGAAGAUCCGUUGUCCCAACGGCCAAGAGGAUGUUAGGCAAGCGAUGCGGGAAGUCGAAGCGUACAGGCGUUUCAAGCACCCCAACAUCAUUCGUAUACUCGAUUCAGCAGUAGUCCAAGACCCCAACGGCGAUGGCCAAGUUGUCUAUCUUUUCCUCCCCCUCUACAAGCGUGGUAACCUCCAAGACGCGAUCAACGCCAACUCGAUCAACAACACGCACUUCUCCGAGACCGAGAUGCUCCGCUACUUCAAGGGCACCUGCGAGGCCAUCCGCGCCAUGCACGACUACCGCGCCCCAGUGGGCUCCAAGAACGACGCGUUCGUCUCGCGCGCGAACCAGUCGCGGCACGCGCCGUCCGCGCCGAGCUCCCCACGGAACUCUCUGUCGGGGGACGAGGACGACAACGGGAUGUUCCCCCAGCCGGAGGGGGAUGCCGAGGGCGGGUAUUCGUAUCAUGGAGCCGGAGGCAGUAGUUCGAGGGCCCCGUUGAUGGCGAAGGACCGGCCGCAGGGCAGUGGGGAGGAACAUGAGCCGAUAUUCGAUGGGGACGAGGAGUUGGACAGGAUACAACAUCAGGGCGGGAAUGGGCAUGCUGGGGAGACGGAGCUCGUGCCGUAUGCGCACCGUGACUUAAAACCGGGAAACAUCAUGAUCUCGGACGAAGGCCAGCCCAUUCUCAUGGACUUCGGCAGCACGAUGAAAGCCCGGGUCAAGAUCGAAAACCGCUCCCAAGCGUUGCUCCAGCAGGACAUCGCCGCCGAGCAGAGCACGAUGGCGUACCGCGCGCCGGAGCUGUUCGACGUCAAGACGGGCGUGACGAUCGACGAGAAGGUCGACAUCUGGUCGCUUGGGUGCACGCUUUUCGCGCUCGCGUACUCGCACUCGCCGUUCGAGAACACACAGACGACGGAGCAGGGCGGUUCGAUCGCGAUGGCGGUCAUGGGCGCGCAGUAUAAGCACCCGCCCUCGGCGUACUCGCAGGGGCUGAGAGAUCUGAUUGAUAGUAUGUUGAAGGUCAAGCCGGAGGAGAGGCCGAAUAUCCACGAGGUCAUCCGGAGGACCGACCAAGUCUUGCAGAGCCUGCGAUGAUUACCUUUGCUUUAUUGAUGAUUGUCUCAUUCGCUAGUCGCUCAUUUGAUACAAUGUGCUGUCUUUGCUGCGUCGACGCACCUAUCGCUCCUUGGCUUUUCUUUACAUGUGGAUGUAUCUCAACAGACAUUAGUAGCUCCCGAAUCUCGUAUAUAAUACAUAUACUAGUUACCCACAAGGCCCCUCGACCGUCUAAGCAACGGCGUCAUGAUGCGGUAUCGCUGCGCCGCCUUUUUUUCGACUUCGUGUCUUUCGGUAGCGGAGGUCGUGAUGUGGCAACCGUACUUUUUCGUUUUGACUGCUCCGAAGGAUUCGCAGGUGAGGAUUGCGUUGCAGAGAACUUCGCGGUGGGCUUGUCCGAAUCUCGCGGAGGAUCCGCUGCCUGCUUCUUCGACUUCGGUAUCGCCUUCGCAGCAUUGGGCGAGGCUUUUCGCUUGAAGUCCGCACCAUCUUUCACUGCUGGAGGCUUUUGCUUCUUGGCAGGAACGGCCUUCGCGGAGACGGCUUCGUCUGAUAUUGAGCUCUUCUCCACCUUCCGCUUUUUCACAGCAGGAGGCUUCGCUGGACUUGCGUCUGCCUCGCGUUCUGACUCGGAUGAAGCACCGUCAACCUCUGCAGCAGUCUUCUCCUUGACCUCCUUCUUCGCUCUAUGUUUCGCCUUCAUGAGCUUCUGAUUGGCACGCUUCGCUUUGAUAGCGGCAAGCUUCGCUUUCUUUUUCUCCGCGCGUUUUGAUAGCUUGCCCUGAGCGGCCUGUUUCUGCGGCUGGCUCGAUAGCCGCUGAAUGCGUACGAAGUCGCGGAUGUCCGUAUCGGGGUCUACAUCUAUCGCCGCCUCCCGUAGUUUGGCAAACCUCCGCUUAUGCGCGCCUGAAUUUAUAUGCACGUCAACCAUGACGGGAUUCUUCAAUAUUUUGCCUGGGCAGACGGCGCACGCCUUCACCUCCGGUUCGAGGGAUACGUGCCAGAGAGGAUUUUGUAGGGAUUCGGAGACAGUCAUGGAAACUCCGUCAUCUUCGUCUUCG